CAGGUAGUUGGUUAGAUGCAAUCGUGUCAAUAACGAAGCAGGGGUAACCAUGAGAAUAGCAGGAGCUGCAAAAUUGGUGGUAGCAGUAGCGGUGUUUCUGCUGACAUUUUAUGUCAUAUCUCAAGUAUUUGAAAUAAAAAUGGAUGCCAACCUAGGAAAUCUGUUUGCAAGGUCACCACUGGACCCCCCUGUACGCUCUACAAAACCCCCGAGAUAUAAAUGUGGAACUAUAAAAGCUUGUCCAGAGAAACACUUUGCUUUCAAAAUGGCAAGUGGAGCAGCCAACGUCGUUGGACCUAAAAUUUGUGUAGAAGAUAAUGUGUUGAUGAGUGGAGUUAAAAACAAUGUUGGGAGAGGCAUCAACAUAGCUUUGGUAAAUGGUAAAACAGGUGGAGGAGUGGACACAAAGUUCUUUGACAUGUGGGGUGGAGAUGUCGCCCCACUUAUUGAAUUCAUAAAGGCUAUUCCAGAUGGAACAAUUGUCUUAAUGGCAACCUAUGAUGACGGCGCCACUAAGCUUAAUGAAGAGGCACGGAAGCUAAUCUCUGAACUGGGAAGCACGUCCGUUAUAAACCUUGGCUUUAGAGACAAUUGGGUCUUCUGUGGUGGGAAAGGAAUCAAGACUAAAAGUCCAUUUGAACAGCAUAUUAAAAACAACAAAGAUACGAACAAGUAUGAAGGGUGGCCAGAAGUCGUAGAGAUGGAAGGGUGUAUCCCACAGAAGCAAGACUGAAGGAAUCGUGCAAACGACACAUACAAAACAGAAUGUUGGGAGAAAAAUGCACUUUCUGCUGCUGUUGGUUUUUGGAGAGAGAAUACUGUCUAUGGGCAGGAUCCUUCCAGGAUGGUACCUUGCACAAGCGCUGUAGAAAUGACUAGGAGUUGCACAAGAACAUGGUGAAGGACUCCCAUUUAUCUAA